UCCAACGAGCUGGUGGGGGCGAAAGAUGGCGACGCCCCUGGGGUGUUCGCAGGGGGGGUCAGGAUCGGUGUGUCUCGCCUUCGAUCAACUGCGGGACGUGAUUGAGUCUCAGGAGGAACUGAUCCACCAGCUGAGGAACGUGAUGGUUCUCCAGGAUGAAAAUUUUGUCAGUAAAGAAGAGUUCCAGGCAGUGGAGAAGAAGCUGGUGGAAGAGAAAGCUGCCCAUGCCAAGACCAAGGUCCUCCUGGCCAAGGAAGAGGAGAAGUUGCAGUUUGCCCUCGGAGAGGUAGAGGUGCUGUCUAAACAGCUGGAGAAAGAGAAGCUGGCCUUUGAAAAGGCGCUCUCCAGUGUCAAGAGCAGAGCCCUGCAGGAGUCCAGCAAGAAGGACCAGCUCAUCACCAAAUGCAAUGGAAUCACAUGUCUGACUUCCGGAUCCAGAAGCAGCAGGAGAACUACAUGGCCCAGGUGCUGGACCAGAAGCAUAAGAAAGCCUCAGGGACGCGUCAGGCCCGGAGCCACCAGCGUCCCAGGGAAAAAUAAAAUGGUCGUCGCCUUCCUGUUGUCUGGCUGUAAUGCCGACUCUGCCUUCUCUGCUGUGGGGGUCCCCAUCCUGAACCUUCCUAUCCCUGUGGGUCACCCCAACCCAGGCCUCACCAGUGGCCUGGCCCUCAGGGAAGGGGCAGGGGAAGAGGCAGAAGGUACUCUCCUUAUUUCUUCCCUGCCUGCCUCCUGGGCCUCGGUGACCUAAGUGAGAAUCAAGUUACCAGGGACUGGGUGGGGAACAGGCCUUGGACCACCACCUCCCAGGCCAGUGAGCCCUAGGCUCAGAAAAGGAUGCUGCUCCAGCCCUCAGCCCCUGCUACUUCCCUCCCUCCCUUGGGUAGUAGUUGGGGUAUAGGGUUGUAGCCUAGGGCAGGACUACUUUGUUGUCUAGUAGGCAGUGUCCCUUGUUACUCUCUGUAUUUAAUCCCUCCCAAUAUAAACAGCCCUGGUUACCCCAGUAACACCCUACCCCACUCCCAGUGCCCUGAUAAAUUUAACUCUCCCAAUUUGGCCGUAGAGCAGGAAGGGCUGUGUGUGUGUGUGUGUGUGUGUGGGUGUGGGUGUGUAGCCCUGACCAGAGAUGUCAAAGACGGUGGGUUUCCAGGACCACAAUGAUUUGGGAAAUCAGUUUCCAUCAUAUAACGGAAAUGUUAUACCUGUGAUUCACAUUUGUACCUUCUUAUACUUCCCCCAGACAGAAGCUUAUCAGGCUUCACAAAUGGGAAGAAGGGAAAAGGACAAUGCUCUAUUUUUAAGGUGGGAAAACAGUCUAUGAAGGGGCUAUAACUUGCUGACGUUGCACAUGCAGGGCUGGAUGUGAUGGACAGGCUUGAUUCUCUCAGAAAGCGCUCAUUGAUGGCUAGGUGACCAUGGGGACACACUCAGGCAGGGGCCCCACUCAGAGGAGGCCGAGUGAGAUUUAUCGAGUCUAGCCUUUCCUGGGUCAUUGUGAGGAUGAGUGCAGGAGGGGCCAGUGCUCUUGCUCCAAGGCCAGCUGGGGCCUGAGUCAUAGCAGGACCUUGAAGCCAGAAGUUUAAGGGCAAGUGGUACCCAUUGUCAUUGUCCCAGAACAGUGACAGGUGGUCGCUACUUCCCCACCAGUGCCUGUCCCCAGAGCAAGUCCUGAGGUGGUGGGGGCUGGAGUGAGGGUCUUGUGAGUGCUUGGGGGAGCACAGGGCUAUUCCUGCCUCAGAGGGGCUUUAGAGAGGGGACCACAGGUAGCCUAAAGGUUCCUAAGAGACCCCACAUCAGCUUCCAGGGCUUGUUCUGUUGCAAAGGCAGCCUAUAAAAGCUAGAGCUGUCCUCUCCAGCUCUUUCCAAUAGGUUCCCACUAAAGGCAAGAGAUCCACCCAGGGACAGCACCUUCCUGAGGCCCCAGUACAACUUUUGGAGUGGGGGAGCCCUCCAAGUGAUGCUCAUCUAUGAAAGAUUAUGGGGUGAGGGGUCAAGGAAGGUGGUGGGUACACCCUAUGAGCUCUAGCUGGGACAGGUGAUGAGAGGGCCAGAGAGGAGGGUGUAAGGUGAUGAUGGGAAGAUGCUGGGGGCUGAGGGAAAGACGAAAUUGCUAGUAGGACCUGAGUUGCCUGGCCUGAAGGUCUGGUCCCCUAGCUCACACUCUGAUCCACCUACCAUAGUGCUUGACCUCAGGCAGGUCCCCACUCAGCCUCAGUUUCCUCACCUGUGAUGAGUGGUGUUGGGCCUAGCUCCUGGUUCCAAGUUGGACGCCUGCCUUCCCCUCACCUUUCUGUCAGCCAAAGCCUGGAGUGCCACCUAGGCACUCCGGCCCGCGCCAGAGGAGAAGGGGGUGGGAGGGUAAGGCCCAGGUCCCUCUGGCUGCCGACGCCGCUGGCUCAGGAGUGGAUGCGGCCGCUUUAAGGCGGGGUGACCCCACGGCAUCCGCGGGC